AUGGACCAGAAGAGCGGGAGCGGCGCUUCCGGCAACGGGACUUCAAGCUACGCCGACUCCCUCACAUGCGCAGGACCAGAAGAGCGGGAGCGGCGCUGUCGGCAACGGGACUUCAAGCUACGUCGACUCCCUCACAUGGACGAGCGGGAACGGGAGUGGGAGCAAACGCCGCUGGCGGCGGCGACAAGGGAGGUCAACGCGGACUCCCUCACGCGCGGGCGACGACGUAUCGGGCUGUGGAGCGGGAAGAAGCGGAGCGAGGAGGCGGAGCGAGGAGAGUUUGACUUCCCCCUCCCGUUCCGCCCUGUACUGCAGCUUUGGCGGGAGGAGGAGCAACCAGCGCAAGCGCCAGGCAUGUCCCACGCGAAUGGCCCCCACCUCAUCGUGCGCGCCUGCACCUGGUUCCCCCACUCCUAUUCCCCAACGGCCCCCUACUCCCCCUCUCCCCCUCUCCCCCUUCUCCCCCUUUCCCCCUCGUCCCCUCUUCCCCUCUUCCUCUCUUCCCCUUCCCCCCACCUCCCCCCUUUCUUCCGCAUCCGCCCCCCAGCCACGGCGCCAUCCGCGCGGUACCGCGCAAUAGGGAAUCUCUGGGAGCAGCUGAGCAAAGCGCGCCUCCACCUAUCUCCCCUGUUCCCCCUUUUCCCUCCCUCCCUCGUCAUCCCCCGCACGUUUCCCCCCUCCUCCGCCAUUUACGGCGCCAUCCGCGCCUCCACCUGGCGGAAGCCAUGGCUCUCGCGCGCCACUGGGGGCGCACGCUCGUACUGCCUGCCACGUGUCCGCAGCAGCCGCAACGGCGGCAACAGCCUGCCACGUGGCAUGCUCCCCGCGUGCGCGUACUUUGCCUCGGUGCUGAUGGGGCGGUUCGUGCCGUGGGUGCGCGAGGAGUACCUCUGGCGGACAGUGCUGCCCGCUUGGGUGGGAGGGGCGAGGGGAAGCGAGCUCGGGGGAAGGGGAGGGGGACGCGGGGAAACGGGGAGAAGGAGGAGAAGGGGGAGGAGGCGGAGGAGGGGUAGGAGGGGAGGUGAGGGGUUGGAGCAGCGGAACGGUGGUGCUGGGCACCAAUCUGGUGCGCUGCCACUCUGUGACGACCGCUUGUGGCUGCGCUGGGUGCCCCCGCGCGCAGAGGACCUGCGCUUGCUGGACACUCCCCCUCCCCUCUCCCCCGCCCCUCUCCCCCUCCCCUCUCCCCCUCCACUGAGUGGUGGGGUAGUGGUGGGAGUGAGUGGUGAGAUUCAGGGUUGA